AUGGCUCCCUCCGAUGACUGCAGAGUAGAGUAUGCUGAUGAUCAAGAUGAGUCUUAUCAGCCAAUAUUAAAUGACAAACGUUCAUUCUCCGGGGAGCCAGUGAGUACUGAACUCGAAGAGAUAUUAUCGAACAUGGAAUUAUCCCACCCUACGCGAAUCCUAAGAGCCACAAUUCUUGAGCUGAGAAUCCUCUUUCGUUUAGCAGGGCCAGCCAUUGUGGUUUACUUGCUCAAUUUUCUUGUUUCAAUAGCCACCCAAAUUUUUUGUGGUCAUCUUGGCAAUCUUGAACUUGCUGCCGCCUCCCUUGGCAAUACUGGUGUCCAGGUUUUUGUCUUUGGCGUUAUGGUAUGGUCUCAAAACUUACGCUCCAAAUUCGAUUUAAAGAAAUGGUAG